CGGCGCAUGCGUAGUGCGACGUUGCCUGUACCCACCAGACGCUGACGCCCCGCCUCCCUUGGGCCGCCUUGUUGGAUGAGCCUAGGUGCGCCUGUUUUCUUGCUCCUUUAGCCUGUGUUGAGUCGGGACGGCGGCAGCGGUAGUUGCUCGGUCUCAGCCUUCUUUCUGUGGACGUGAGACGGCGAGAGAGGGAGGAUGUGCGAGCCCAGCAAGCAGGACAUUGUCGCCGUCUUCAAACGGCUCCGCGCCGUUCCGACGAACAAGAUGUGCUUUGACUGUGGAGCAAAAAAUCCGAGCUGGGCAAGCAUAACAUAUGGUGUUUUCCUGUGUAUUGACUGCUCAGGGACUCAUAGAUCGCUUGGGGUUCACUUGACUUUCAUUCGAUCAACAGAGUUAGAUUCUAACUGGUCAUGGUUUCAGCUGAGGUGUAUGCAAGUUGGAGGAAAUGCUAAUGCUUCUGCAUUUUUCCAUCAACAUGGCUGCACAACAAAUGACACGAAUGCUAAGUACAGCAGUCGUGCUGCUCAGCUUUACAGGGAAAAGAUUAAAUCUCUGGCAGCUCAGGCAACACGGAAGUAUGGCACUGAUCUGUGGAUAGAUGGCGGUGGAGCCCCUCCUCUAUCACCUCAAGAAAAAGAGGAAGACUUUUUUGCAUCACACGUUUCUCCUCGGGUUGUUAACAUAGAAUGGGAGUCAUCACAUCAGGAUACAAUUAAUCUAAAGCAGACUUCUUCAGAAAAUGAUUCAGAAAGCAAAGAAGAAGACCCUGAACACGGACCAAGUGUGGAUUGCCUUAGUGUGUCACCACAAGCCUCAUUAGCCAACUCGGAGAAUGUAAAUGCUUCAGGCACCGCACCUAGCAAAGAGAUCAGCUCCAUGAUAAAGAAGAAGCCAAAUCAAGCAAAAAAGGGGCUUGGAGCCAAGAAAGGUGGUUUGGGGGCCCAGAAAAUGAGCAGCAAGAGUUUUAAUGAAAUUGAAAAACAAGCACAAGCAGUAGAUAAAAUGAAAGAAGAUAUGCAUGCCAGCAAAAGAUCUGAGAAAGAAGAGCCAUUGGUGUCAUCUUUACGACUGGCCUACAAAGAUCUUGAAAUUCACAUGAAAGAAGAAAAAUUAAAUAUGGCUGGUAAAAAGAAAACAGAGGUAGAAAGACUUGGUAUGGGAUUUAAUAGCAAUAGAAGUGGUAUUUCCCAUUCAGUAAUUUCAGAUAUGCAAAUCAUAGAACAAGAAACACCUAUAAGUGCAAAACCAAGGAAAAAGUACAGUGAUGAUGAUGACUCGUUUUAUUCUUCCUCCAGUUCAAGGUAUUUUGAUUCAUCGGAGUUGAGAAGUAGCACUUUUUCUAAGUGGGAUGACAAUUCUGAUUCCUACUGGAAGAAAGAGAGCAACAGAGAUGUAGAUACAAUUCUGUCUUCAAAAACUGCAGGCUAUUCAGAUAGGCCUUCCUCUCGUCGCAAACCUGAGUAUGAACCUUCUGCAAGCACAGAUGAGGCACAGAGGAAAUUUGGCAAUGUUAAAGCUAUUUCAUCAGAUACGUACUUUGGAAAGCAAGACCAUGCUGAAUAUGAAGCUAGAGUUCGGUUAGAGAGGCUUUCUGGAAACUCUGCUAUAAGUUCAGCUGAUUUGUUUGAAGAACAGAAGAAACAGCCAUCAGGCAGUUACAAUAUUUCAAAUGUCUUGCCCACUGCUCCCGAUAUGGCUCAGUUUAAACAAGGGGUGAGAUCAGUUGCUGGAAGGCUUUCUGUCCUGGCAAAUGGAGUCAUGACUUCUAUUCAGGAUCGGUAUGGUUCUUAACUAUUGGUAUUCAGCUGAACUGGAUACACAGAAAAGGAGCUUUUUUGAAAUAUACAUCUGUCAGUGAUCAUCGUGCAGAUCUUAAAUGAAGGCUACCAUAAGACUAUAGAAUAUUUUGUUGUAAUUGAUUUGACACCUGUAUGUUUUUACAAUGUGUCCUUUCUGACUCCUAGCAUCUUUCAUCUAACGUAGUAAUUUGUUACUACUUCUGCUUUUAUUCUAUUAGUUUUAUAUGUUCUGUUCAUGCCUUUAUUGUGCAACGAAUAGCAUUCCUACCAUCACUGCCAUCAGUCUGGUUCUGAAAGAGAAGCAUAUGUGGUGAAUGCUGAUCUCUUACACAAAAUGGUUAAUAGACUAGCAAUGAAUUCCUUUUCAUAAGCUUUACCUGUCAGCUGCAGAAAAAGUGGUCAGUGAUAACUUUAAGUUACAGCCAAUAAAUAACACUUUUGAGAUUUGGAGUGGCCGCUGAUCUUGUGCCCUUCCUAUCUGAUCUGUGUAGAAAGUGGUAUCUGGACAGAGUGAUCCCUCAGGUAACUGAACGUGGGAUUUCCCCUACCAAAAUGAUUUAACCUACUAAAUAUACUCCAAUAUGCGGCUGAGGGAGACCUCACAUUCAAGUAAUGAAGGGAUCUUGGGCAUUACCUUCCAGGGCUGGAAGGAGGAGUGGGGAGAGGUAGAAGCCUAGGGAAUGCUUUUGAACUUGCUGCACAUAGAAGCGAGAAGGAGACAGAGUGCAGGACAUCUAAACCGAGAAGGGCCAACAUAAAGUUUAAGAAUGUGUUUAUUUCAGUGGGCUUAAGUGUAUCAAACUCUGUGUUGGAUGGUAUUCAGGAUGUCUUGAUAGUUUCAGACUAAUACUGAUGAACAUGUACAUGACUCAAAAUGGAAGUUAAUCGCUAUGUUCUAAUAUGAAAGUGAUGUCGUAUUUAAAGCAUUGUUUUUUCAUGUAAACAGGUUUGCCUGGAGCAGGGAUGGUUCGCCUCUGGUCCUCCAGAUGUUGUUGGAUCCCCAUUUGCCUCAGGCAGCAUUGCCAGCGGUUAGGGAUGAUUGGAGUUCUAGUCCAAAACAUCUGGAGGGCCAUAGAUUCCUUAUCCCUGUCCUAGAGGCUAUGGGACAAACUCGUCCUAUGUUAAAAGAUCUCACUUUUGUUUGUUGACAGUCUAUUUAUUCAUACAAUUUAAGUUUUAUUUUGAAUUGCAAGUUAAACUCCUUAAGUGCUUUUAAACAAUCAAUAUGAUGUAUAAAAUUAAGACUAAAGUGUGUGUAUGUAUAGAAGUACUUACACACAGACACACACACAUAGAUAUGAGGGAAUCUACAUAUAAAAAUUGCAGGGCCAGACAGACUGUUUAAAUAUCUUAGAGUUGUUAACAUUCUUAAGAAUUUUAAUACCAUGUUGUAGAUUUAAAAACAAAACACUGAAUUUCUGCAUAAAAGUGUUUUAGAGUGGUUGUGUUUUAGACAGCCUAGAAUCAUAAAUGCUCAAAACAAACUGAAUUGAAAAUAUUAUGGCCUGAAAGAUUGCCAAAAAACUUCAUUGUAUCAGUUAUUUUUCUUUUCUUGAACAGCUGUCAUUUCUGCUAAAUAAAAUUUGAAAUCAAUUGUAA